CCUCUCUCCGAGGCUUAGGGACGUGGUUGUAAACACCGGCCCUGGACGCAGGCGCUGAGGGAGGACCGGGGGAUGGACUUGGGAGCUUGAAAUGGUGGGUUUCGAAGAGCCGACCUUGGGCCAGAGGGUCGCCCAGUGCCCGGAAGAUGUCAACGGCCCCCCCUGCGGCUCAGACGCCUGGGGGAUGACCCGCACCCACUAGGAUGCCCGGAUGGUUCAAGAAGGUGUGGUACGGGCUGGCAUCUCUCCUCAGCUUCUCCUCCUUCAUCCUCAUCAUCGUUGCUCUGGUGCUGCCCCACUGGCUGAGCGGGAAGAUCCUUUGUCAGACGGGAGUGGACCUGGUCAACGCCACCGACCCAGAGCUGGUCAAGUUCAUCGGGGACAUUUACUACGGGCUCUUCCGAGGGUGCAAGGUGCGGCAGUGCGGGCUCGGGGGCCGCGAGUCCCAGUUCACGAUCUUCCCACAGCUGGUGAAGGAGCUCAACGCGGGCCUGCACGUGAUGAUCCUGCUGCUCCUCUUCCUGGCCUUGGCCCUGGCCCUGGUCAGCAUGGGCUUUGCCAUCCUCAACAUGAUCCAGGUUCCCUACAAGGCGGUCAAUGGCCCCGGGGGCAUCUGCCUCUGGAACGUGCUGGCAGGUGGCGUCGUGGCCUUGGCCAUCAGCAGCUUCAUGGCCGCCGUGAGAUUCCACGACCUGACGGAGCGCAUCGCCAACUUCCAGGAGAGGCUCUUCCGCUUCGUGGUGGUGGAAGAACAGUACGAAGAGUCCUUCUGGAUCUGCGUGGCCAGCGCCUCCGCCCACGCUGCCAACUUGGUGGUGGUGGCCAUCAGUCAGAUUCCCCUCCCAGAGAUUAAGACCAAAAUAGAAGAGGCCACGGUCACGGCCGAGGACAUCUUGUAUUAAUAGCCUUCUCCCGGCCACACCCUCCCCUAAGUCAGCCUGGUGCGGGAAUGGAGGCCUCGUCUUGGUUGCAGACUUCGCCAUCCAGAAUGGCCAUGAUUUUGGCAAUGAGAAGAAGGCGAUGGGAGGGGGGAGGCUGGUACCUGGGCCAGAAGGGAAAACCGUUCCCGGAUUCCUGGCAUCUCUGUCCUUCUCUCUCCAUGGCCUUGGACUUAGAGUCGGAGACUUUGCACUUGCCAGCUGUGUGACAUUGGACAAUUCAUUUCACGUCUACUUCUCAGUUCCCUCCUCUGUAAAAUGGGGAUAAGAAUGACCUCACAUGAUGUAAUGGGCUAUCAUGUUGCCAGGCUUUGGAUAUGGUAGAGCAUUCCACGAAUAUAAGACACUGAACACUCCAAUAGAAGCCUAUAGACCCUGGUCUAUUCCAUGCAUUAAGGCGGGGGGGAGGUUUGUUGAUGUCCCUGCCCUCCAGAAACACUGAAUCUUUCUACCUGACACAGGAACCAGAGAGCAACAGUAACAUUAAGAAUGAAAAUAACUGCCUUUUUUUAGUGAUUACUACAUGUCAAAAGUUGUUCUUAGAGUGUUAGGUACAUUAGGUUCUCACUGCAACCAUAGAUUGUCAGUACAACUUUCUAUUUCCAUUUUAUAGGUGAAACUAAGGCACGGAGAGGUUGGGUAACUUGUGAGGUUGUUGGGGGACUUGAACCGUGGAAGCUGGAGCCAGGGUUUGCAUUUGUAAGCACUUUGCUAGUCUGUUGUCUGAUGCGCAAGCAGUUGCAGCGCAGUGUGUGUGAUCAGUGCUGUGACAGCACAGACGUAGAGGGGCGAGGAAGGAAUGAGUUCUUCGGGAAGGGAGGAAGGGACGUGGGAUUAAAGAACGUGUCACACCGGUGACAUUGGAUCUGAACUCCGAAAGGUGAGCAGUUUUUCCAGUGGCGAAGGAAGCAGGGUUGGGCAAGGGCCUUCCAGGAUGUGUCCGUGAUGAGGGGAGGGAGGCACAAGGUAUGAAAUUACAAGGAGGGCUUGGAAGCCUGGGGAUAACCCAGUGGGAUUAGAACUAAUCCACCCGGUUGGAGAAGCCCAGCUGUUCUGUGUUGGGCUUGGACUUUUCCUAAGUGGCAUUGUGAUGGUUAAUUUUAUGCGUUGGCUUGGCUAGGCCACGGGACCCAGAUGUUUGCUCAAACACUAUUGCAGAUGUUUUUUGUGAAGGUAUUUUUGGGAUGGGAUUUACAUUUAAAUUAGUAGACUCUGAAUAAAGCAGAUUGCUCUGCAUAUGUGGGUGGGCCUCAUCCGAUCAGUUGAAGGCCUUAAGGAAAAGACUUUCCAGUCCAAAAGGAGAGGGAAUUCUGCCAACAAUUGCCAUUGAACUUAAAAUGCACCUCUUUCCUGGAACCAGCUUACCCUGCAGAUUUUGGUCUUGCCAGUCUCCACAAUCAUGUGAGCCAGUUUCUUAAAAUAAAGC